AUGUUACUAGAUGGUGAUACAUUGUGCGGGUUAAACCAGUCAGAAAUUUUGAUGAAAAUCAAUAAACUAGAUAUUGGUACUUUUAGGCGAAUAUUACAAAUAUGGUUAGAAAAUUUCCCUCCAACUAAAAUAGACAGCGAACAUUAUGAAGAGCUCUCUAAAUUUGGAUUGCGUGCGUUAGGCCAACUAGUUGUGACCGAACUAUGGCCUAGUGGAUUUAAUUUGUUUCAAUUGGCUCAACUGGAUGUUAGUGCAGUGAUUUUAGAUAAGGUUACGUUAGAGUGGGUGGCUUCUGGCACGCGUGAUAAAGAUGGAGAGCCUGUCAAAAUCCCAAUUAAUUUUAAGAGAUUUGAGAAUGGGUUGAAAUCUUUAAUUGGCAAGUUGCACGAUUGUCAUGUUUACUCAGAACGGCAUCCUGUGCUACCCUUAGUGAUCUGUAGAGUUCAGCUAUUUGAAUGCAAUACUUCUCGAUUGAUGUCACAUAAGCCAUUUUAUGUUGCAAUCCCCACUGGAUAUAGAGUACUUUACCACUCAGCACAGAAAGAUGUACAUUCGCAGUAUAUCUUGCAAUGCCUUUUAAUACUGCUAAGGAAAGACAGCGCUGUUGUACAAUUGAACCAGAUCUCACCUGCAAUUAGAGGAACACUUACCGAUGUGAACAUGCGCUACGGAGCCUGCUUUGGAAGGGAUCUUCAGGGUGUUUGGACAGCCUAUCUCGAUAAAAAUAUUGAGCCAUCGCCUCUCGAUAGUCCGGAGAAGCAUCCAAGUGUUGUUGGUGUUCCUGCUAAAAGAAGACCUACCGAUGAUGACGAUGAGAACGUUAAGUGGAAGCAAGAACGAUCUAUGAUAAUGUUUAAAGGGUCAAAAUAUGGCAUUAAAAGGAAAAAAAAGUACCUAAAUAAAAGGUCACAACAGCGAAUAUAUAGACUGCACGGUGAUAAUAAAGAGAAUAAUAAUAGUGAUGACGAUAGUGUAGACGAAUAUGAAUCUCUAAUUCCAGUAAGAAACGUAUCCUUCUCUGUAAAGGACAAUGAACGUGGCCUGAACUUUAAGCUACGGUUGCAGGGCAACGACGUUUUUGGUGGACUCCACGAAUUGUGUUCUAAACAGCAGCUGGACAUAGAUUACUUACCAAGUUGGUUAACUGGAGAACACGGAGACUCAUCUGGAAUUGUCGAAGAUGGAAAAUUUAAGAAGUUAAAUAGAGCAGGAAUUAUUUAG